AUGGAAGAGGGGUUCCGACACGGGCACGGCCUCAAGCGGGUGCUGCGUCACCUGCAGGAAAGGCACUGCUGGCUCGCAAAAGAUGCUCACGUCUUCUUCCUUGCCGGGGACUGGCGGCACGACGUGAUACGAUGGGUCACCCAGCAGCAGCAGCAGAAGGAUCGACGUGGGGGACGCCCGGUGGCUCCGCAAGGCUUUAAAGCCCAAGCACCGAGAAAUUGGGCGCAGCUGAGCGAUGCACUCACCUCCAAGAGGCAGUUUCUCGAACGAACGGUGAGUGCCCCGCAAGGAGGCGCCCGUUCGACAAACUUGUUCUGCGUGUUCGGCGCUGAGGAGCAGGGAAUACCUUUGCGACGCAGCGAAGCGGGUGUCGGUGACGUGGCUGCCCUUCCUUUCACCGUGGCGGAGGCGGCGUCGUGCAUUAGGCAUCAGCGACACGAACUGUCGGGUGGGAACUCGGUGGAACUGUCGACAUGUGUUAGAGCUGCGGGGCAAGCCUUGACUGGCGACAACGUGGGGGGACAUGCUUCGCUGCAUGAGUUGCGAUCGACGUUUCUGCCUCGACAGGCUGUGGACCUUCUUGCGGUGGAUUUAUUGGGGGCAGCGGCGGUGGGAACGGCCCCAGCGCAAUCCUUCAUGGCAAUCCAGACUCGAGAGUCUCUCGUGAAUGCUAUGGCGUUGGGCGCACACCUCCUGCGUCCCUCAGGUGCGCUACUGCUGCGCUUCCCGCUCUCAGUGAGGCUGCAGGACAAGCGUGUCACCGCUUCCGUCAGGCAGUAUAUGCGAUGGAGUUUUCAGUCGUCUGCCUGCGAGGUUGACGGCGACCACCUGUACUGCGUGGGGUGUCGGCAUACCACAGAGCACCCGAUCACGGCAGGAGCGAGGACCCCGGUGCCUGGACUUGCUCAGCGCUCCGUGCCUCGCCCCAGGAGGUGGAACCCACGGAAAGGCACGGACCGGGGCUUCUUUGCGGCCCUGAUGCCGAGCUUUACAGAUGCGCCACUCGUGAAGGAGCCGCUGCGCCGUGCAAUCGAGGAGGAGGCGCGCGCCUCUAGAAAGGUUGAAGAAGAGGCAGAUAUUUUGCUUCGCGUGUCUCUUGGAAUGGUGGAGAGAGGCGCGCACCACAGCAAACGAGACGACUAG